ACGGCAUCCACCUAGCCCAAAUGGGACAGCUUCGUAUCUAAUCGCCGCAGCAACUCCAGGCACCCUCGUGACAACAACAUCCAUCUUGCCUACAAUCCCAAACACCACAAUCAUGAAGUCUUCAGUAUUGCUAUCUCUGUCAGCUGUGGCCCUUGCUGCCGCCAUCGCCACCCCGAAGGAGCCGCAGGCCGUUCUCCAAAACCCACAAGUAACGAUCGAUGAGCCAGACCAGUACCUGAUUGAGCUGUCUGCUGGUGAGACACGAUGGGUGACUGAGGACGAGAAGUGGGCUCUACGUCGCCAAAACAUCAACUUCUUCGACAUCACGCACAGCGAUGACCUCAGCAUACUCAGCCAGGAGAUUGCAUCGAAGAAAGUCACCUAUCCUUCGAAACCCGCCUACAACAAGACUGUGGUUCCUCUGCUGAAGGAACUUGAGAAGGACAACAUGCGCAAACAUCUCGAGACGUUCACCUCGUUUCAUACCCGCUACUACAAGUCGCAAUACGGUGUGCAAUCAUCGGCAUGGCUCCUUCAGCAGGUGGAUGGCACAUUGAAGGAUGCAGGCGCAAAGCACGCGUCCGUCAAGGCAUUCCCUCAUCCGUGGGGCCAGUCCAGCAUCAUCGCCACCAUUCCUGGCAAGAGCAACAAGACAGUCGUGAUCGGUGCACAUCAGGACAGCAUUAAUCUCUUCCUGCCGUCAAUUCUGGCUGCGCCUGGUGCGGACGACGACGGCAGUGGCACCGUGACCAUCUUGGAAGCACUACGAGUACUACUCAAGUCCGAGGACAUCCUGAAGGGAGAGGCAGAGAACACAGUCGAGUUCCACUGGUACUCGGCGGAGGAGGGUGGACUCCUCGGGAGUCAGGCAAUCUUCCAGUCGUAUCAAAAGGAGCGCCGUGAUGUCAAGGCUAUGCUGCAGCAAGACAUGACUGGCUAUGUGCAGAAGACACUCGACAACGGCGAGCCAGAGUCUGUCGGCGUCAUUACCGAUUUCGUCGACCCCGGCCUUACCGACUUCAUCAAGGAGGUCAUCACCGAGUACUGCGACAUCCCGUACAUCCUGACCAAGUGCGGUUAUGCUUGCUCAGAUCACGCCAGUGCUUCAAAGGCCGGUUACCCUUCUGCCUUCGUCAUUGAAUCUGACUUCAAAUACUCUGACAACAAGAUUCACACGACUGAGGACAAGAUCGAGUACCUAAGUUUCGACCACAUGCUGCAGCACGCAAAACUAACCCUUGGACUUGCCUACGAGCUUGCAUUUGCCGAGUUCAAGUAGAUAUCGGUAGUAUAUAAUCAAAUAUAAAGCGUUGGAUAAG